AUGCGGUCGGAUAUGUCAUCAGUUGAUCAAUGGAAAACCUUCGUCAAGCGGUGUCUGGCACGCCGUGUGGAUGUCGAGGAAUUCCAGGACCUAACCCAAUUGAUGCAACGACGGGUCCCAUUGAAAGAAAACGAGCUGCUAGAUCUCUUGUUCGAGACCCGUUCCACCGUCAACGUCACUUGGGACCCCCUUUUGCCCGUUUAUGUGGAAGGAUUGUGUAAAGCCAGGCAGGUGAAGGCGGCCUCGGCAUUGAAACGAUUGCUGGCGCAUUCAACCAUCCGCAAAGGCCCAGAGUCAAAAUGCAAAACAUCGACUUUUAUGACAGACAUCAAGGUUAUCCAAGAUGUGAUGCUCUCUAUAUCCACCGGUGCAAUCCCCCGGGUGAUCCCCGAGGCGGCUGAGCUAUACGAUGCCACGGCUGAAUGGAUUCUGGCCGUGGUCGAAUGGUAUAACCAAACUGCCUCGGAGCAAAAUGGCGGAGCGAACACCUCUGCAGAUGCUUUGUCUUUGUUCGAGUCACUGGGUAUCUUGCUUGCGGCUUUGUCUGGAACCAACAAGGGAUUGGAGAUGCUUUCAAGUGACCAUUACAAGGAUCUUAGGACCAAACUGGGUCGGGCCUUGACCGCAUAUAUACCUCUCUGCGUCGAGGUGUCCUUGCCUUUGCGGCAAAGGUUAGAUGCGCUCCAGAAGGAGUUUAAUCUGUUCGGUGACCAGACUUCCAAGCAAUUGGACCAGUCGAGCAUGCAAAGCAUCAACGUCACCUCCCUUCAGUUUGAGGCUUCGGUUAUGGAUGGACCGGUCAUCAACACGAGAGCUGGUCUCUAUGUGUACCUCAAUUCCAUGCUCGUGGGUCGUCCUUUGGUUGACGAUGCUUUAUUGGUCAAUUACCUGACCAAUCGAUAUGAGGGUCACCAAGAGGUCCUGGUGGUGGAGCUCACAACAGCCGCCUUCGAUGUGCUCUGCAAUGGAGUUAAUCGUAAUGAGUCGAGUCGAACAAUGUUUUUGUUCCGAUCAUUUCUCGUCAACAAGCUCCCGGCCUUUUUUGCCGCAAUGAUCGCGGCCUCAAUGGUGCCGAUUCCAAUGGAAAUGUGCAUCACGCAAGCACUCAGCCGUCUCGACCCGAACUCUUUCCCUUCUUUCUCUCAAAUGUUCUCCAUGCAAGGGAGCAGCAUACUCUCCGAUGCUCGUCAGGAGUUUCUGUUUGCCUGCGCAUCACAUCGACUGAUCCAGGAGUCGAGUAUUGAGAGACUGCUGGGAGAAAAUCCAAUGCAGACCGUGCCCGUGGGCGGUCCCUAUCAGAAAGACGAUCUCGUUUCACAAAUCAACAACAGUCCAGGGCGUGCUGAGCAACUGAUCGGGGAAAUUGAGUCAAUGGAGGGCAAUGCAGGGGCCAUUGUCGGCGCUAUCACCGAGGUUAUGCUUAAUCUUUGCAACCAAAAGGAAACAAUGACGUUGAAAAACAUUUGCAAUUCCAUAUCCCGACGCCCGCAGACCUUGGACGUCAUUCUCUUAUUUCGGACGACGAAGCAAGUCUUGCAGCCUCUUUGCGCAUUGUUGGAUUCUUGGCACUGGGAUGAAGAUCAAGGCGAGAAUCAACCUGUCUAUGAUGAGUUUGGUGGUAUUCUUCUCCUCGUUCUUGUUUUCAAAUAUCGAUACAACCUCACGCCUGCGGACAUGGGUAUUUCAAGCAGUGACUCGUUCAUUUUGAAGCUCUUGGACCGUGGCUCUUGCAGCCAGAGACUGAAUGAAUUGAAUGAGAAGCAAAACAAAGAUCUCGGUGCUUGGAUCGGGGCAUUAUUUAUUGCAGAGGGCAUCAGCGAAGAAACAAUGUCUGCGUGCAGUCCUCAGGACUUUUAUAUGCUCGUCGCAACGUUGUUUGACCAAAAUCUUCUCGAACCUUUCCUGCUCCCUUCUUUAGUCGUCGCUCUCAUCUGGCUUGGGAAUCAUAUCUGGCAAUCCGAGAUCGAGCCGGAGAUUCCAUUGAAAGCACUUUAUUCUUUGGUCAAACCCAGCUCUAUCUCUGGAGAGGCACAAGCCAUUCACAAGACUGUUUUGAAUAUCACCGCCCGUCCCUUGGAGGAGCAACUGAAAGACGUCCGCACAAGACAUCAAGCACGGCAAAACAUCGAUAAGAUCUCGAACAUUAAACCAAUCCUUGAUGCGCUUGAUCCGUAUCUCUCGUUCCGACGCGUCGGUGGUUGCUCUCGCUCCGAGCUUGAUACGUGGGCUGCUCCAGCAACGGGGGGACUGUUGGGAAGUAUUCGUGGGACCUUACAAUCUCUGACCAUGUGGAGUGCAAGCUCGGACAUCAAUCUCCAACCACAACCCUAUACCCAUCGUCAACUAUUGGCGGGGAUCAACUUACUGGGUACCACGCGCAUUCUCAAUACUCUGGUCGAGGAACUGAAACAUCAAGCUCAAGCCGGUAGCGGCGACUUUGCGCUGGACAUUGUGGCAACUAUGGUCUGUGCUCCCAUACCUGAAUCUUUUGCCGUCGAGCAGAACGUGGUCCAUUCCGUCGAUCCCGCCAAAGAAGCCAUGCCGCGCUGCGCCAUUUUGACACUUCGCGACGCGUUGUCGAUUCUCCAUCAAAACGUGCCAAAGACAUCCGAAAAGGAUCCCUUGACUGCGGAGAUCAUUGUCCGUCUCUGGCGUCGCGUCAGUCUUCUCAGUGCGCCUCCUUCCCGUGUGUCGAAUAUCGAUGUGAGCAACAUUAUCCAGAACAUGGAGCUUGGAGUCGACGGGCAAAAUCGGAUGGAUCUUGAUAUGACAGGCGGGACCGUGGAUAAUAAUGGUGGUGGUGAGCAUGAUCCAGGCAACAUUGACCGGAUGUUAGACAAUGCCGCCGCGGCAGCUGCAGCGGGUAUGAAUGGCAACGUCGGUCAAGAUUUGGGACUUGGAACUGGCAGUGGUGGGAUGGAUGCAAUUGAUGAUGUUCUCAACGCUGCAGACAUGGCAGUGGGGAAUCCCGAAUUUCUGGAUUUGGAUAUGGAGGGUAUGUUCUAG